AUGAAAUCGGAUCAUGAUAAAGAAAUUGCGGCACAAAUUGAAAAACUCACAGUACCAAUUAUAGACAGUGUCUCCGUUGAAGAAAUAGAAAAUUUCAAGCCUUAUUACGAGCGCUAUUACGAGAACAAAUAUUGCACCGCCUUCACUAGUAAAACAGAAAAUAACGAUAUUCUACUGAGAUUUCACUCAAACAGGCUCGUGCUGGUAUCAAUUGCAGAAGGCCACGAUAUAAUUCGCCUUAAAAAGACUAUAGAAAAAAUUAGUUUUGAUGUGCAAGGCACCAACAUGCUAGAAAUCAAGAUAUCCGGUAAGAAAAAGGCAGGUGCAAAGAAAUUGAAGAAAGACUCGAUUUUAUGCUACAUUAAAUGCAAAGAAGAUGAUAAGGAAUAUCCUAUUUAUGCCUGCCUUCCAGCAUCUUUAAUAGAAGUUAAUCAACUUGUAAUUAAUGAGCCACAAUUGGCUGUUUCUAGUAAUAAAGAAUUAGGAUACAUUGCGGUACUUUUUCCACAAUGUUUUGGACCUAAAGCUGAAUCCAUGGACAAAAUGAUUGCUAAACUUGAUUUCCUAACUGAAGACCAAUACAAGAAAUAUUUGGAUAGUAGUACUAGUAAUAUAAUUGAAUCUGGAAAAGCUAAUGAAUAA